AUGGCUGAACAAUCUGAAACCGCUACUGAAAGUUCACAAUCUUCUCAAGGGUCUUAUAUCCCUUCAUCUGCUUCUGCUGCUUUAGGUUCUUUAUCUCGUUUAAGUAAACGAGGUAUGAAUAAUAUUCACAGAGUGAAACAAAAUGGUAAAGAAUACGCUAAUAAAUUAUACCCAAAUAAAUUCACUUCAUUCUCUUACCCAUACUCUUCGUCUUCCUCGAAGAAUGAUACCAAAUUUAACAGUAUUACGUCAAAUACUAGUACCGCCGAUUCAUCAAAUUCUCCAUCAUUGAAAUUGAAAAAUGUAGAGAAUAAUGAAAAGGCAGUCGAUCCUUUAACUUAUAAUGAAAACGAUUCUCAAUUCUCUUUCGAAUCUGAUGCUACUACAUUAGUGAAUAGUGGAGGCUUGGAUUCGCGCCAUGGAAGUGUCUCUAUGAUUACCAAAUUACAUUCUUCAAAGAAUGAUAUGAAUUCUGAUAUUAACUUUAACUUCUCGGCUCCUUCUCGUACUUCGACAAGUAGUACCCUAUUGGAAAAAGAAGUCAUAUUAGAAGAAGAUGAAAGAUUGGUUUUACAACCUUGUCCAAAGAUUAAAGAAAAAAUUUGCUCUUUUGGUCUCGAAAGAGCUCAUGAAUUAGGAAAAGAUGAUCAUUUACAUUAUUAUCAAUUGCCUUUCCCAUGGAGAGAAAAUAGAUAUAUCAUCUAUAAUUACAGAUUUUAUGAUUCUCAUAAAAAAUCGUUCCUUUCAAUUCUUAAUUGGUAUGGAUGGCAUAACGAAUCAACAAACAUUUGGACUCAUUUGUUUGGGGCCAUUUAUAUGGCUUAUAUCGCAUUUUUCCAAUUCCCAAAUACGGAAGUUUAUCAAUCAGAAAAAGUACCAACAAUGGCGAAAGGUAUUGCAUUUGUAUUCUUAUUGGCUUCAAUUAAAUGUCUGUUGGCUUCAACGUUUUGGCAUACUUUUAAUGGUACUUCAUUUUUAGGUUUACGUAGAAGGUUUGCAUGCGUAGAUUAUAGUGGUAUUACUAUCUUAAUCACAGCAUCAAUCCUAUCUACAGAAUUUGCAACUUUGUUCGGUCACACAACUGCUAUGGUUUCUUUUAUGUCUACAUCGAUGGUUUUAGGAUUGAUCGGGAUUUAUUUGAAUUGUUCUCCAAAAUUCGAUUCUCCAGAGGCAAGACCUUUAAGAAUUAAAUUCUUUAUCUUAUUAGUUGCCGUGGGUGGUUUAUCCUUCUUACAGACAAUUUAUUACGAAGGUUUCCAUAACACUACAUCUUUGUUGAUGCCAGUAACAAAUAAAUCAAUCAUUUGGUAUAGCGUAGGUGUUGUCUUCUACGGUUCUUUCAUCCCAGAAAGAUUCAGAUCAGACGUCACCGUAGAUGACUCCAUUCCAACCCAGAAGGAAUUGGCCUCGGAUUUAAAUAUCAUCACCACUCAUAAGGAUAUCCAUUUCAGAGAGGAACCGACUUGUACUUGUCACAGCGCCGUCAAGAAUUUGACCUCGUUGUGGUGGGUCGAUUACGCAUUCUCUUCUCAUACAUUAUGGCAUUUCUUUGUUGUCUUGGGUGCCAUUGGUCAUUACCGUGCUAUCAUUGACAUAUACACAAAGAAAUGGUUGAUGUAA